CAGUUGAUUUCCUGCAACAUCUAAAUGGACGUCGGACCAGAACACCGCUCACCUUCGGUCGGCAACUUUUCAUUGCGUUCAGAGCUCACGGACGUCUAGUCCAUUUUACUCUCAGUGAGCCGGAGUCCUGACUGACCGCAGACCGAUACAACUCCGCGGUUAUUAGGCUACUGGUGAGCGCGGUACACAGAUAUAUACAUACGCACCAAAAUAGUAACUUCUUUAAAUACAGGAACACAACAGGAAGCAGCUGAGUCGGCAGAGUGCGGAUUAUACUUCACCACAUUAGAACCCUAUUAAUCGUUAAACAAAGGGGACAGACAGAGAGACCGCAGGGAUGAUGAGAGAGCGCCCCGGGCUGGAGGACGUGGCCGAGGAGGAGGACUUAUUCGCCGCGGAGGGGAGCACGCUGGAGCGCCGCAGAUUUCAGGUUCCUGGAGAGAUGGAGGUGGAGAGGACAGUGGAGGUGGAGGGCCAGCUGUCGGUGUCCCAGAUGGAAGCAGAGUUUGCCCAGCUGACCUUCAGGAAGCAGGUGUCAUAUAGGAAAGCAAUAGCUAAGUCCGGCCUGCACCAUCUUCCCUGUCAGCCCAGUACGUCAUCCCUGAACAGGACUGACCCAGAAGCAAAUAUCCGCAGUACUUUGGACUGGAGUGAUUCGGCUCUGUAUGGAGAUCAUAUCUGGUUUGAGACAAAUGUGUCUGGAGACUACUGUUAUGUGGGAGAACAACACUGUAUUGCCAAAGCACUGCAAAAGUCUGUCAGUCGAAGGAAGUGUGCUGCCUGUAAGAUAGUCGCCCACACCAUCUGUAUAGAACAACUGGAGAAGUUUCCCAGCUCUAGAGCCAUUCUGUUGGAUGCCACCCUGCCCCUCAAUGACCCCAACUUUAGAAUUAAUUUCAGGUGUAAACCGUCUUUCAGAGAAUCAAGCUCUAGGAACAUCCGAGAGCCCAUUGUGGUGCGUCAUCACUGGGUGCAUCGGAGACGGCAAGAAGGCAAAUGUAAACAAUGUGGGAAGGGUUUCCAGCAGAAGUUUGCUUUCCACAGUAAAGAGAUUGUAGCCAUCAGUUGCUCCUGGUGCAAACAGGCUUACCACAACAAGGUGUCCUGCUUCAUGCUCCAGCAAAUUGAGGAGCCUUGUCCAAUAGGAGCUCAUGCUGCCCUUAUUGUUCCACCUACAUGGAUCAUUCGAGUCCGACGCAAUCAGUCAUCUAUGAAGUCAAGUAAGAAGAAGAAGAGAGCAUCAUUCAAGCGGAAAUGCAGCAAGAAAGGAGCAGAGGAAGGACGACAGUGGAAGCCGUUUUUAAUCAGACCCAUCCCUUCGCCACUGAUGAAACCGCUGCUGGUGUUUGUCAACCCCAAGAGUGGAGGAAACCAGGGCAAUAAGAUCCUGCAGUCCUUUAUGUGGUAUCUGAAUCCCAGACAGGUAUUUGACCUGAGCCAAGGUGGACCACACGAGGGCCUGGAGCUGUAUCGUAAAGUCCAUAACCUGAGUAUCCUGGCCUGUGGAGGAGACGGCACCGUGGGCUGGAUCCUGUCUUGUCUUGAUGAACUGGCAUUAAAUCCUCAACCUCCUGUUGCCGUGUUACCACUAGGGACAGGAAAUGACCUCGCCAGGACCCUCAACUGGGGAGGGGGCUAUACAGAUGAACCUCUGUCUAAGAUCCUGUCCCAUGUUGAGGAUGGAACUGUUGUCCAGCUAGACAGAUGGAAUCUACAGGUUGAACCAAACCACAGUGCAGGGGCUGAACCGGACGAACAGCAGACUGAUAAGCUCCCUCUAGAUGUUUUCAACAAUUACUUCAGUCUUGGGUUUGACGCCCAUGUGACUCUAGAGUUUCACGAGUCAAGAGAGGCCAACCCAGAGAAGUUUAAUAGUCGUUUUAGGAACAAGAUGUUCUAUGCUGGGACAGCAUUCUCAGAUUUCCUGAUGAGAAGCUCCAAAGACCUGUCCAAGCACAUCAAAGUGGUGUGUGAUGGGACAGAUUUAACAUCGAAGGUUCAGGACUUGAAGCUGCAGUGUCUGGUCUUCCUCAACAUCCCCAGAUACUGUGCAGGCACUACACCUUGGGGAAACCCCGGUGAACAUCACGACUUUGAACCUCAACGCCAUGACGACGGAUACAUCGAGGUCAUUGGAUUCACUAUGACUUCACUGGCUACUCUUCAGGUUGGAGGUCAUGGCGAGAGGUUGAACCAGUGCAGAGAAGUCACCCUCACCACUACUAAACCUCUCCCAGUACAGGUGGAUGGUGAACCGUGCAGACUCGCUCCCUCUGUCAUCCGAAUCAGCCUCAGAAACCAGGCAAACAUGGUUCAGAAAACCAAACGACGGACCUCACUACCGCACCUUAACGAUCAACAGCCAGUCCCAGAAAGGCUGAGGAUCAGAGUCAGCAGGAUCAGUAUGAAUGACUAUGAGGCUCUGCACUAUGACAAGGACAAACUACGACAAGCAUCCAUUCCUCUGGGACUAAUCGUGGUUUCUGGUGACAGCGUACAGACCGACAGAGAACACAUCCAGCGUUUGCAGGAGGAGGAGGCAGCCAAGCCAAAAGGUCUUUCUUCACAAAGAUUAUCUCCAAAGUGGUGUUUUCUUGACUCUACAACAGCAGAUCGUUUCUACAGGAUUGACAGAGCACAGGAACAUCUUAACUACGUGUCGGAAAUCUCCCAAGAAGAGAUCUUCAUCCUGGACCCUGAACUGGUUGUUAUGACGACUGUAGGCACCUCUCCCUCAGCCAUGCCUGACCUGGUGAACCCUGUCUCCAGCCUGGUAAACAGUAGUUCUUCCCAAAGGCAGCGAGUGAACAGUGACAGCUCUGCCAGUGAAGCUUUAACACACAACACCACACCUGUGGCCAGCAAACUCAGCAGGGCAGGUUGCAUCCAUCGUUCCAACACCACUGCUGCGGAUUUUAAACCAAGACUGAGACAGGAAAAGUGCCAAAAGACAAGUGAAACGGAGAGGGAGCGAGAACAAGAACUGUUGAUCGAGUGUGUGAAGAACAAGGACAGGAAGAAGCUGCAGGAGCUACACCUGAAAGGGGCAAACCUCACAGCGCUGGACUCAUCGGGCUGCAGUUUGCUGUACCAUGCUGUCGGUACAGGAAGCAAAGAGAUGGUCCGCUAUAUCCUUGACAAUGCUCCAAGUGACCUGCUUGAUGUCACAGAAAAACUACAUGGGGAGACGGUUCUUCAUCUAGCUGCAUCUCUGUGCCACAGGACUAUCUGUCAUUAUCUGGUAGAAGCAGGAGCCUCACUGAUGAAAACAGACCUCCAGGGUGAGACUCCUAAGAACAGGGCUGAGAAGGCUAAGGACUCUGAACUGGCGGCCUAUCUGGAGAACAGACAGCACUACCAGAUGAUACAGAGAGAGGACCAGGAAACGGCUGUCUGAAACUGUCGAACUCUUUAUGAGAAGGACGUGGAUGAAGACACUGCUGUCUUCUUCCUCCUCCUCAUGAGACUUUACACUAGCUCAGUGAGGCCUGUGUGACAGAAAGACUGGUACACACGUUCCAAUAUGUGCUUGCAAGGAAUGACUCAGAAGUCAGCAGAUUGCAGACAGAGUGAAGCUGUGUCGAAUCUGAUCGCAACAUGCGUUUAGUAAUUAUUAUGGCAGUUACUAUAAUGAUGGAACAAUGAGGGUAAUGAUAGUUACACUGGGGCUUGAAGCUUAUGUUAAUGAGGGUGAAGAAAAACAGUAAAAUUAUGAGAUGUACAGUACAAAAAAAAAUCAUUCUUUUUGUAUUUUGAGUAGCUGAGUAAUAAAACGUGUUUGUGAAGUCAAGAAAAUAGAAACCGCGUUAAGAUGAUCAGAAUCUUGUUUCUGACUUUGAAUAGUAAUUUGGGGGAGUCAGUUUGGACAGACAUGUUCUUAAAACUAUUUUAUAUCAAACUAAUUCAAAGGACUAACCUAAAAUUGAUCAUUCAGGAGAAAGUAUUCAUGAUAAUAUAUU